UGCUCCAGCCUUCCACUGUACAGAGUGACAGUGGACUGGUUACUUAGAAAAUCCAAUCUUAGGUGUUCAUCCGUCAGUAAGAAUGCCUCCACAGUUAGGCACCAGUGUAGGAAAGCUAGAACCUAGUUCAGAUCCUGCACAGCAAUUCACCUGGGAGGAAGUCGGACUCCAUUCGGGCAAGGAAAACUCCAAGCAAGAGAGAUGGCUGGUCAUCAACAGGAAAGUCUACGAUAUCACCCACUUCUUUUGGCGGCACCCUGGGGGAACUCGCGUCAUCACCCACUAUUCAGGGCAAGAUGCUACGGAUGCCUUCACAGCUUUCCACAAAGAUAAGGACCUAGUGAGGAAAUACAUGAGUUCGCUGCUAAUUGGGGAGCUGGCGCCUGAUCAGCCCAGCUGUGAGCCUACCAAAAAUGAAAUGCUGAUAAAUGAUUUUCAUGAGCUGCGCACAACGGUGAAGCAGAUGGGACUCCUGAAGCCAAGACAUGCCUUCUUCGCCUUCAUGUUUCUGCAUGCUUUCCUGCUAGACAUUGCAACCUGGCUCACUAUCUGGUACUUUGGAAAAUCCUGGGUGCCCUUCCUUAUUGGGAUAGCUAUGUUCACCGCUGCACAGAUCCAGUAUGGAUUUUUUCAGCAUGAUCUUGGACACCUUUCUGUCUUUAAGAAGCCCAAAUGGAAUCGAUUUUGUCAAUUCCUGUGUUUGGCACUGCUUAAGGGUGGACCACCGUCUGUGUGGAAUCGUAUGCAUAACCAGCAUCACGCCAAACCCAACUGCUUCCGCAAAGACCCUGAUCUCAGCAUGCACCCGGUCCUGUUCAGCCUAGGAAAGGCACUUUCUAUACAGCUUGGAAAGAAGAAAAAGAAAUACAUGCCUUACCAGCACCAGCACAAAUACUUUGCCUUAUUAGGCCCAUUGACAUUCAUGCUUUACGUCCAGUUCAAGAUAUUCCAUUACGUCUUUAAAAAGAAAACAUGGAUUGAGCUCUUUUUCAUUCUCUUCUACAUGGUCCGUGUCUAUCUCAUGUACGUUCCUUUAAUGGGAUUUAAGAGUUUCAUGGCAUUCUACUGGCUGGCCAGGUUCCUAGAAAGCAAUUGGUUUCUCUGGGUCACACAGAUGAACCACAUUCCAAUGAACAUCAAUUAUGACAAGAAUUUGGACUGGGUUUCUGCCCAGCUCGCAGCUACUUGUAAUGUGGAUCAAUCUUGGUUCAAUGACUGGUACACCGGGCACCUGAACUUCCAGAUUGAGCAUCACCUUUUCCCGACGAUGCCUCGCCACAAUUACUGGAAGGUGGCUCCACUGGUGAAAUCCCUCUGUGCCAAGCAUGGGGUUAAUUACCUGUGCAAACCCAUGCUCACGGCCUUUGCAGAUAUACUGCGCUCUCUAAAACAGUCAGGGGAGCACUGGCAGGAGGCUUAUUUCCAUUGAUAAGAAGAGGAAAUCCACAGGGCAAAUGGAAAACAAUGGUUGAAAAACUUAAUCUUCAUUGUAUAGUGUAGUUAGGGAAUGGGACAAACUAAAUGACCAAUUGUGAAUAGGUUUUUUUUUCUCCUUCCGUUGCAUACCUUGAUGUACUGAUCACUGCGGCUUUAUGAAUGGAAGGCAGGGAUGGGGCUGAGAAAGAAAGAUAUUCAAUGUUAGAAAGAGAAUAUCUUACUUUGGUGAUGUCACUUCCUGUUUGUAAGGGAAUAAAAGCAAACCAGGGGCUCAUCUAGAUCUAUAGCCCUUUGGGGAAUGGGGAGGAACAAUCACGGAGUUUUCUACUUCCAGGAUCAUCCCUCAAGGGACACAUGCCAGCGUGUUGUCCUGGAAGUAAAGAGGGAUGGUCUGGGGUAAACUUUUGUAUUUAUUUUU